CGUGUGUGCGCGCGUGCGCGUUUUGAAUUUAAAAUGUCUUUAGUCGGAAGGAUCUCGAUGGAUCACAGCAAAGAGUAUAGAAGCACUCUUUGAUCACAGGUCAUUUCAUCUGAGAUCAAUCCGCAUGUAGCUGCCGGAAUCACUUACUUGCCAUCAGUUUCACACAAAUCAUCGUCAGCUGUGUUCGCAAGUUCACUUCAGGGUCUGGCCAAAGGAUCCUUUGAUGCUUUGUCGUCAUUGGUAUAGUGUUGGGGGAAGGAUUCUGGUGUGCCUGAAGAGGUUUAUCCAUUGCUAGUGUCCUUUUGCAACCAUGUUGUUUCGUGUGAUAUUGGACCAAAACAACAUUCAGAGGCUUGACUGUCCUGAAAAGCCAUCAUCACUGCAAGAGCUGAAGGACAUAAUCUGUCAGAAACUUGAGAUUGCCCAUGGCUUUACACUUCAAUUUGAAGACCCUGCAUUUGACAAUCAACUCUGUAAUCUGACUGACAUUAGUUACCUGCCUGAAGACAAAGCAACUCUUAAAGUGUUUUGGGAGAUUGGAUUAAUGCCAGUUCAAGAUGAAACUGUAUCUGAUUUCAAUUUCGACACUGCCAGCGUGUCUUCUGGGUCCACAGCUUCUUUCAGCCAGUGUCAACGUUCACAGCAAUGGCCAGCCAGCUUUACUAUUCCUACCUUUUCCUAUGACCUUGAACUAAGGCUAAGAAAAGGAAAUGAAGAAUAUGAAAAAAGUAAAAGUUCUCUAAAAGUCAGUCGUGAAAUGAAGAUUGGCAUCCUGGAAAAAAUUGCAGAAUCCAUGUACACUUUUUCAGCCUACCCCAGUGAAAAUGAGUAUGAGAAAGUUGCCAAAGCAUUGGUCCUGAAGCAUCCAUGCCUUAUCGAACCAGGUCCUGGUACCGGGUGGCAGGGUUGGAAAGUAAGUUUAAAGUUUAAGAUGGCUAAUUAUAGACAGAAAUUGCGCUCUACAGGCUGCAGUGAAGUAAAGAUCAACAAGAGACAAAGAGGUACACAAGGUGAAACACUUAAAAAACCAAAAAGGGCAGAACUUAACUUUCUUCCGGAUUACCCGAUUGGAGUCAAUGAAGAUGCACUAGAGGCAGAGAGAAUGUGGCUUGAAGAAGAACUAAAAAAAAAGAAUUUUAAUGUAUCUCAAGUCAAUGCUAAAAUGGACUUGACCUUCUCCCUAAGAAGAAGAGAGGUGGUUUCAGAUCAACCACCUGUUUCUACAAUCAAAAGGAGGUGGCCAGCACUCUUUUUGGAAGAACAAGUCUAUGCAGAAUUUAAGAGAAUCACAGGAGUUGAUCUCCACUUAGCUUUCCACAAAGCCCUUGAAGUCAACGCUAAAGGUCUGAUCAGGAUGUAUCAAUCCAGAAGGGGUGAUGGUCAAAACGAUUUGAAUGCUAUACUAAACAGCUUAGAUGAACAGACCACAGAUAUAGCUAUGCAUCGAAGGUCAGCCGCAAUCAGAGGUCUUCAGUUUUAUCUCAGAGAAAAUGAAUCAAUUGUAAAGACUAUUCAGAUCAGCGACGAUGUGGAGAGGCAGACCAGAGGAAUCCAUAUGGGUAUCCUCGAGACUGUUAUUAACACUGAAGGUCUGGAUACAGUUGUGGAUGUGGCUGUAGUGGUGGAGGAAGAAGUUCUGCUGAAGGGCCUUGCAGAUGUUCCGACUGCUUUUGGUGUUUUUUUUGGACUGUUUUAUGCUCUCAAUUUACAAUACCCAAAAUAGUGGAAGUACCUUUUCGAAGCUGUGCAGAAGGUCUUUCUUGGUCUUGAAAGUGAGAAAUGUUCAGCUCGAAUUCAGUCACUGAGAACCAGACUCUUGCAGGUGUAAACAAGACAAUUCUUUUUGUUUUAAGAUGACACUUAGAGGUCACUGAACAUGUUUCCUUUGUAGUUGUUGUUGUAUACUAGUGUGUUAUUUAUGCCAAUGAAAUGUGCCAACUUUUUUACCUUAUAGUUUAAAAUGUGCUUCAUUGUUAUUAGCUGGCAAAUGUUUAGAGAAUUUAAAAUGGUUAAAGUAAUAAGUUUUAUGUUCUUCCCUCAACUUAGACAAAUUAAUACAUACCUUUAUUCUCAAUGUAUGCACAUAAUCGUUGUACAGCGCGUCCAUUUAGCCUAGCACCAUUUAUUCAUUAGGAUCCAAACAGGGAUGAAUUUAGAACCCACCAAACACUUCCAUGUUUUCCCUAUUUAAAGACUAUGGAUAACAUGGAAGUGUUUGGUGGAUUCUAGAUUCAUCCCUGUUUGGAUCCUAAUAAAUAGGCUAAAUGGACAUGCUGUACAACGAUGAAGUGCAUGCAUUGAGAAUUUAUAUAUUAAUUUGUCUAAGUUGAGGGAGAAACAUAGUAAAAUAUUGAAAACGUUGUGUUUUCCUUUAAGAAACGUGCAAAAACAUGUUCUCUCUUCAAUGGGCUUUAUGUAGUUUUAAGUAAUUUAAUGUAGUUCAGCAAAAAAUUGCUGUUGCAUCUCAAAUAUGUACUGUAUAAGCUAUGAGAAGUGAUUGUAAUAAACUAAAAGCUUUCA